AUGUCCUGUUUUUACAAGACCUGUCCUUGUUUCUUUCGCCGUCCUGACACCCAGGUGCCCUUUGCCCAUUAUGCGCCUGAUGACGAAGGAAACGUGGAAUUCGAAAACUUACUGGCUCAACGGGAUCCUGACCCUAUAGCCGCUUAUCUCGAUCGCACUGCUUCCAGUGGAAACAACGCACAAGGCUAUUUGAGGGUGAAUCCUAUGUCUCCAUUUGGUCGAAACGGUGCGUCUUCCAGUAGAGUUAGCGUUGUGUCAGAAGACGAAGACGACGCUGUAUCUCUACCUGACGAACAAAUAAGUAAAUUCACAGAGCAGUUAAUUGACGAACAGUUCAAAACCAACCAACAAGCUGACGCCCGACUAGCAGCCGAAGAAGAGGAAGCUCGCCUACAAGAAGAAUUGGAGAUAGAGCGUAAGCGCCAAGCUGCACACCAAAAGGCCAUCUCUAAAGGCUUUCUCCCUCCAAUCGAAUCCGUGCGCACCAAAGAUACCUUCUUCAGUAUCGAUGAUGACGAUGAUUCCGAUGAAGAACAAUACAAUUCAGCUACACUAGGAGGCUCACGAACAAUGGAGUUGUCUACCACGAAGAACAAAUCAGAACCAAGAAAAGUAGUAGAGGAAGAAGAACAGCAGUCGGUCUUAAAUAAGCCGAGAAAUCCACAUCAGAGAUUGUUCAAUGCUGAUAUUGACUAUAAUGAUGUUCGGGAAUUCACUGAUGAGCCGCCCAAUAAACCAAUACAAGAUCAACCUACACCUCGACCCCUCCGUCUCCCAAACGACGAUACUCCCGCCGAACGCGCAGCAUACGAUCCGAAUGCAGCAGAGGACGAAAUCGAUCAUCCGUUCGCACACAUCCUGCCGGACAUUUCAGGGCGUAUCGGAGCAUUCUUGUUUGGAAAAAAGGAUGAGAAAGAGGACGAGCGCGAGCGUGAAGACAUUGACGAGACAGAGGGUUUGGGUCAGGUGAAUAUAGAUAUCGGGCCGAGCGUGGAUAGACAGUUUGCGAAAGAUAUAGAUGCCACAGAGCUGGGCGGAACAGAAGAACAUAAUACGACCUCUCUGGCGGUGCCUAGAAAUGAGAACGACAAAAGCAGAUCGAGGAGUAGUAGUUUCAGGAGGUUUGUCGAGGGCGUCACGAGUGUUUUUGAUGCGGAUGUUGAUAUCUGA